AUGGAUAGAAUUGAAAAAAUACCCCGAGAAAUUUCUAACAUUAUUCCCAUGUUUGACGGAGAUGAAAAAUUACUUAAUUUGUUUAUUAGAAAGUGUGAAUAUGUUAUUGCGUGUUGCCGCAUAGAAGGAAAUCAAGACCAAGAUCUAUACGUUUUUCACGUAAUCACUUCUCGAUUAUCAGGUAGAGCGGCUAAUCUUAUUAGCGAGCGUCAAGAUUUAGAUACAUGGCCGACAUUAAAAAUAGCUUUAGAACAACAUUUCGGUGAUCCACGAUCGGAAGAGUGCAUAGCAAUAGAAUUAGAAACUAUGAAAAUUAACAGUGGCGAAUCAUAUCUUGAUUUUUGCAAUAGAGUACAGUACGUUAAAAGUACAUUGAUCGCUAAAGUUAACAUGAUUGAUGAUGCUAGUUUACGCCAAAGUAAAACGACAAUUUAUGAUAAUAUGUCAAUAAAUGUGUUUUUAUAUAACCUACCGGAAGAUCUUAUUCGUAUUAUAAGGUUAAAAGGAUGUAACUCAUUGGAAAAGGCGCUUAGUAUUGUGCUUGAGGAAGUUAAUUUCCUAUACCAGUAUAAUUCAAAAAAUAAAAUGAUGAAAUCACAAAAUUUUCUCAGACAAGACCGCAGUUUAUGA